AUGGCUGAACCAGCCCAAAACAUCCCGCAAUUCAAGCUUGUGCUUGUCGGUGAUGGUGGUACAGGAAAGACUACCUUUGUUAAACGACAUUUGUCCGGAGAGUUCGAGAAGAAGUAUAUUGCCACUCUGGGGGUAGAAGUGCAUCCUCUCGGCUUCACCACUAACCUUGGCCAAAUCAACUUCGAUGUCUGGGACACCGCAGGCCAGGAGAAAUUUGGUGGUCUGCGAGAUGGAUACUACAUCAACGGGCAAUGCGGCAUCAUCAUGUUUGACGUGACCUCUCGCAUCACAUAUAAGAACGUUCCAAACUGGCACCGUGACCUCGUCCGAGUCUGCGAAAACAUCCCCAUCGUUCUCUGCGGCAACAAGGUCGAUGUCAAAGAGCGCAAAGUCAAAGCAAAGACCAUUACCUUCCACCGCAAGAAGAAUCUACAAUACUACGACAUCUCUGCCAAAUCCAACUACAACUUUGAAAAGCCGUUCUUGUGGCUGGCUCGAAAGCUUGUUGGCAAUCAAUCUCUGGAAUUUGUCGCUGCUCCAGCUCUAGCCCCAGCAGAGGUGACACUCGACCCAGCCCUGCUCGCACAGUACCAAAAGGAAAUGACCGAGGCAGCUGCCAUGCCACUGCCAGACGAGGAUGACCCAGAUCUAUGA